AUGUGGGCACAGACGGUGCAGGAAUCCCGCGCGGUGGUGUUGUGUUGCUGUGCGCCGUGGCUUCGACACCACUCCACGCACGCGAACUCCUCCACCGCGGGCAGUGAGGCGGCGUUGUCGCUUGAGCGUCUCUUGUUCGCACCACUGGAGCGGCAGGUGCUGGAGGUGGGUAUAAAGUUGUGUGCAGUCUGCCAGGCUGAGGAUGUGGCGCAGUCACUGAUGGCUAUUUUCAUCCGCGGCGUAGACAGCGUUACCAGCAGUGCUCCUGGCCAGAAUACGGUCAUUGCUGCUCCGACAGAGGCGGUGGCGUUCAAGACAUGGUAUGCUACUGAGGUGGGUACGCUGUACGAGAGCGCGAUGACUGCUGCGGCCGCACCGCGCACUCACGCGAGCCUCUCGACGUCGUGUGUGUACAGCACAGUCAAUGGCGGCUUUCCGCUGGCGUACUCUUAUCUCGUUCAUCGAGGUCUCACCAUGGCGAGGCUCUCUGCAGUGAGCAGCGACGAUAGGGACAACAGCGAGGACUCUGCUGCACCGGAGGCUUCGCUGCCGUCUCCGCGCGGCAGCUGCAGCUGGACGUCGUCCUUGACGAAGCAGCCCCGAGGCACAAUGCGACUGCUGUACGCACUCGCUGGCGGCGUUGAUGCCAACGCUGACCAUUUCAAUGUUGUGUUGCAGCUGUACCUGCGCCUGGUGGAGGAGACGGAUGCGGGGUAUAACGACGACUGCGUCAAGGAUACACGUCUGGCCCUCUGCGCCGUCCUCAACUCACUCGCACGUGUCCCCCUCAAAACAGCGACGUACCUAAGUUUCCUCGAGGAGGUCUAUCGUCGCACCUUAAUUCACUCCGCUAUCGACGUCACACAGCACCCGGAUGUCCUCGCGAGUUGCCUGCGGGUGUGCAGCGUUGCAGGCGUGUCAAGCCGCGCUGUGACGCUCUUCAACAAACUUUCUGAGCCCGCGUCACGCGCCAUUGCUGCCGAGGAGCGCAAUGUGGCGGCGGUAGUGCUCAGUACACCUGCGGCGGGGAUGACACUACAACGCUUGGUGAGCUACAUGCACACCAAGAUCCCCGUUACGGCAGACGUUGUCCAUGCAGCUGCCGUGCAGGCGUUGGUUACUGGUACAGGGCUGGUGUGUGCCAACACAUCGACCGCGUUUGCCUUUUUUGAUCUUCUUGAGCUCAAGGUGGCUGCUCAGCACCACGUCACACACAUCACUGCCGCCUCCUUUGCCGACCGUACCUUUUUCCUGCGCAUCUUGACGGUUCUUGCAGGGGUGCACGAGCAGCGCUGUGGCGGCAGCGCUGUGAGUGAGGCGCUGACUACACCAGCCGCGGCAGCGAUGUUUCGACAGUGGGUGGCGUCAGCAGAGCAGCAUCAGCCGCGAAAUAUUUCUUGGGCCAGCGCUCUCCCUCCCGUGACGGUUGGUGUUCUCCAAGAGCUCGCUCUUGAGCUUCGCAGAGCAGCUCGGGCUGACUCGCAGGUGAGCAGCGACUCUUGUUCCGCCGUUCCUACGAGCUCUCUUCUCGCGGCUGUGGAAGAGGUUCUGCACGCUGCUGCGGGGGGCCUUCCGACGUCAGUUCGUCCCAUCGACUCUAUCAAUAAUGGGGAUACUUUCCACGACUGCUGCACGGUGUAUUGCCUACCUCAUUCCCUGCAGUGGCGGCAGCUGCAGACGGAGUGGCAACACGAGGAGCAGAGGCGAUUUCUCGAUAGCGCGCUUCGGCUGCUUCAGGCUUCCAACCCGGGUUCCACGGUGGCGACGUCGUGUGUCCGUUACCAAGACUGGGCGGUGCUACACGACCUGCAGCUGAGGUGUGGCAGUGCGACUUCUCAAGAAUACCUGGCUGAUGCGUGGACCAGUGCCGUGUCGAUGCGAUCGAAGCAGCCCCAGGCCUCGACCUCGACUUCGUCCCGCGUUUCCGCAGGGGUUGCUGCUGACUGUGUCGCGCUUUGUGUGCUGACACCCUUGGCGGAGGUGGAGUGGUGGUUCAUGCAGGACUCUGCUUCUCCAUCCCACACCUCGCGCAUGAAGACUGCGUCCUUGUCGGAGAACAUCGGGGUAGCGGUGCCUCCGGCUGUCGGCUGCCCGGCACACAUGUGGUCCAGCGAGCAGGCGGGGCCACAUGGCGAUGCGCGGGCAAGACGCACGAAGGUGGUGAUGUACUGGCUGCAGCGCUGGGUGGACUCUGUUGAAGACGUCCGCGCCUGGCCUCGGCACUCCGUCUUCCGAAUGAGUGUUGUGCGGAUGCUUCAGCAGUCCGCCGCUGCUUCCUUCGCUGCGGAGGGGAAUGCAGACACCGCAGAACAGGACGAGGCGUGCGAGGUCCCCUCAGCUUCGUCUGACAGGCCAGGGACUGUCUCCUCGCCUGCUUUGGCUUCCGCGAAGGCCAAUAGUUCUGGAGUUGAGUCCAUGUUUGUCCGAGGCCCCGCCUCCAUCGUCUACAGAGCGUAA